CCGAAAGCGCGAGUUGUAGAAGAAGUUUUAGCUCGGUUAAGCAAAAAAACAAAUAAAUAUAAGAAAAGGCUUAUUUUCAUUUUUCAUUGGAAAUAAAUAUCACUGUGAAGGAGUGAGAGGAGAGAGUGAACAAAAGGGUUUCUGCAAAAAAACGAUGCCGUGCCUGAACCUCUCGACCAACGUCAGCCUUGACGGCGUUGACACGUCCGCCAUCCUCUCCGAAGCCUCCUCCACCGUCGCCAAGCUCAUCGGAAAACCUGAAGCUUAUGUAAUGAUUGUGCUGAAAGGAUCUGUGCCGAUCGCAUUUGGAGGUACCGAACAGCCGGCAGCUUAUGGAGAACUCAUCUCCAUUGGAGGUCUAACCUCUGAUGUGAACAAGAAACUUAGUGGUGCUAUUGCUAGCAUACUCGAGUCCAAGCUUUCUAUCCCGAAAAACCGAUUCUACCUCAAAUUCUAUGAUACAAAGGCCUGUCAGAGCCAAGAAUAUGCACAGUGUCUGCAUGCUUUACACCAGUACUAGAAAAUCAUGGCUCCAACUUUGGGUGGAAUGGAUCGACCUUCUAGGUUUCUAAUUUCUUAAGUUUCGAGUUGGUGCCUAUUUUAUGAACUUAUUAUGCAUGAAAACCCCAUUUCGUUGUGCUGCAUGUGAUGAUGCAUCGGAUCUGUGAUUAAAUGAUAUCUGGCGUAAUGUAUUAGCUAAUUGGCAACUUUUAUAAUUGAUGUGUUCUUUUACGCGUGUUAUCUAUUUUCAUAGUAAAGAAAAGAGUAUGAACUCCAAUCUUCUUAUGUUUGAUUUCAUAUUUCGUUGAAAUUGGAUUUUCAACACUUGCAGAUAUUGCUAGGAGCUAAAAGAAUUAUUAUUAGGCUAUGUUUGGUAAAUCUCG